AUGCACCGAUUCUCUGUCCUCACGACCCUGCUGACGGCUCAUGUUGCCGCAGCGGUCUCGACAUUCGAACAGAAGCCGAUUCCUCCGGUGCACCAGCGCAACCCGGGCGAUACGGCUGAGUCAUUCUGCAGGUGCUUCCCUGGAGACGAGUGCUGGCCGUCUGAUGCCGAGUGGUCGUCCCUGAACGCCACGGUAGGGGGCCGACUCAUCGCCACGGUUCCGCUCGGUUCCCCUUGUCACGACCCCUACUACGAUGAAGAUCAGUGUGCAUACCUCCGGGAGCAAUGGCUCUAUGCGGGCAUCCACCUCAACUCAAGCUCUAGCGUGAUGGCCCCGUUCUUCGCCAACCAGAGCUGUGACCCGUGGACUCCGCGUGAGCGGCCAUGUGAGCUGGGCACAUAUGUACGUUAUGCCGUUAACGCCACUGGCUCCGAGCACAUUGCUGCCGCUGUCAACUUCGCCCGGAAGAAGAACGCCCGCCUGGUCAUCCGGAAUACUGGCCAUGACUACCUGGGCCGUUCCACCGGCGCCGGGGCCCUUGCGGUCUGGACUCACCACCUGAGGGCUAUCAAACCGGUCCAGUGGGACGACGCAGACUUCACUGGCACGGCUCUCAAGCUAGGGGCAGGAGUUCAAGGGUAUGAGAUGCUGCAGGCUGCGACCGCGCUCGGUCGUGUUGCUGUGGGAGGAGAGUGUCCCACGGUGGGCGUGGCUGGGGGCUACACACAAAGCGGUGGUCACUCUGCUCUAAGCACGAAUUUCGGACUCGCCGCAGACCAGACGCUGUCAUUCGAGGUUGUCACCGCCAGUGGUGAGCUUGUCACUGCUUCCAAGACGGAGCACUCUGACCUAUACUGGGCCCUAAGUGGAGGUGGCGCCGGAAACUACGGCGUCGUUGUGUCUCUCACAGUCAAGACCUACCCAGAAGCCACCGUCAGCGGCCUUAAACUCUCCGUGGAAAAGUCCGACAACGGCAACUCGACCGACCGGGUCUUCGAAGCGGUGGAUGCGUUCCACGCUGCCCUCCCAGGGCUGGUUGACUUCGGCACCAUGGUGAUCUACUACUUCACGACUGAAUACCUCAGCAUCUCCGCCCUGACGGCCUACAACAAGACGCAAGCAGAGCUCGAGCAGGCCAUGCAGCCCUUCCUCUCAGCCCUGGGGGACCUGGGCCUCCGCCACGGCGUCAACUAUACCGAGAACCCAACCUACUAUGACCACUACAGCGCCUACUGGGGCCCGUUGCCAGAUGGCUGGAUUCAGGUUGGCACGGCCAACUUUGGCGGCCGGCUGAUCUCACGGUCCCAGCUGGAAAACCUCUCUGCCACGGCGCGCACUAUUGCCGACGAGGGCGGUAUAUUUAUUGGUGUCGGUACGAACGUGGGGCCGUUCGGUGGCGGCGAGAAUGCGGUGCUGCCUGCGUGGCGUGACGCCAUUGUCUCGGCGUCGCUUGAGGUCCCUUUCAGCUUUGAGGACCCGUGGGCCGACGUGUUUGGGGGACUAGACCUCAUCACGGAUGUCUUGCAACCUGCUAUCGAGGAGGUGACUCCCGGCAUGGGGACAUACAUCAACGAGGGAGACUUUCGGCAGCCCAACUGGAAGGAGGUAUUUUAUGGGACUAACUACGACAAGCUUCUGUCUAUCAAGCGCAUUUGGGAUCCAGAGGGGCUUUUUUACUGCGGCGUUGCUGUCGGGAGCGAUGGCUGGGUGGUUUCUGAGGACGGGCGGUUGUGCAAGGCUUGA